UGUGAGUCCAACGCGACUCCUUCUGUCAUACUCCACUGAAAGUUGUUCGUUGGAGAAAUUGCGACCUGUCGAACGAAAUGUCCGCAUUCAUUCGGAGGAUUAUCAACACUGCUGCUGCUCCGGCUGCGAUCGGACCUUACAGCCAGGCCGUGGUGGUGGAUCGCACUAUGUACAUCUCUGGGCAGCUGGGAAUGGACACAGCAACAGGUCAGUUAGUUGCAGGAGGUGUGCAGGCCCAGGCCAAACAGGCCCUUAUUAACAUGGGAGAGAUUCUGAAAGCAGCUGGAUGCGGAUAUGAAAAUGUUGUUAAGACAACUGUGCUCUUGGCAGACAUAAACGACUUCAGCAACGUCAAUGAUGUUUAUAAGCAAUUCUUCAGCAGCAACUUCCCAGCUAGAGCUGCUUAUCAAGUUGCUGCCCUGCCCCGAGGUGGCCUUGUUGAGAUCGAGGCAGUCGCUGUGUUGGGACCCAUAACAGACGCAUCCUGACUAACCGCCGCAAAAACACACAAAUUGUAACACUAGAAUAUGACUGGAGCCAGAUCACCACCAGCCAUCAUCCUAACGUGCCUUUCUAGUUUAUACACAGUGAUUUUGCAAUAUUCCAUUGACUUUAUUUUUCAUUGUGCACUUGUAAAAUUGUAGGAUUUUGUUUUUCCUAUUUGUACUUACCAUGAUUUGGCUUUUCAUCACGCCAUCGACUGAAUCUGUUCCAUAAUGCUGGUUUAUAGUUCUAACUAAAUUUGCUUUACAAUACACUAUUACUGUCUUGCUAAAUGAUCAUUUCUUGUAAGUCAACAGUGAUCUGUAUUUCUCAUUGCUUCUCACACUACAGUACUAAUAGUACACUUGAAUAAAUUGUAAAACCCUA